CAGAUAAAGUUCUUGCUCGUAUCGAAUGGCCAGCUGCAACUCUGUUCUCCCGAAUGACGAAUGCAACAACAAGACUCCAUACUCCAUGCAAUGUAAAGUGGUCCAAUCCAUUUAGAUUUGAUCCAAACGAUGACAAGCACGACAAAUGUGUGCAUUUCACUGCUUUUGCACGAGGAACAGUGUACAUUGUAUUCUCAUCGAUUCCUACCAACAAAGAGACGUGGUACUCAAUUGAAAUCUCUACGAACGGAGUUGUGGUAUACAAGGUAAGAAUUCAUCCAAUUUCUAUUCAACAAGUAGGCUAGCUAUAGCUUUCUAUAUAUGCAACCCCAAUAUCUAUAUAUAGAGUAUAGUUUGAAAAAAUUAUGUCAUUUUAUUAUUUCAUCACAAUGAAAAGCAAACAUAUAAAUUCCAAUAUAUAUCAAAAUACAGCUUACGGUCAGUAUUUUGUGUUGUUCAACUACGGGAACAGCACUCCAAAUUGUGGGCACGAAAAUGAACUGCUUGUUUCCUAUAGUACAGAAAACUGAAAAAGUAAAGAAAGUUAGCGUUCCAUCUUCCAUAGUAAUGUAGCAUGGAAAGUGAAUUUAGUGGUCGUCAGCAGUAAGAGUUUAAAACUUCUAAAAACCUUGAAUCGUAAAAUAUAGAAUGUAAGGCCAUGCACAGAAAGGUGGACGAAAGCUCGUAAUAAACAGUAAUCACAAUUUUGUCUCCGAAAAGAUAAUUAUUACAAAUUAAAAAUGACUUUGGUUCAAUUAGGUUCAAGUUGCAUGAUUUUUCGCAACUGCUCCUGCUUAGGUCUAGAACGGUGUACUAUAGAAAUUUACGUUGCAAAAUUCCAUCUAUACAAAAAACUUCGGCACUGCUUUGGCAGAUAGUUUCGAAGUCAGUCUCAUCCAGCAAUUGUUUGAUUAAUUAUUAUCUGUUCUUGGCAUUCAGGGUGACAAGAUCCUAGAUUAUUCACUCAAUCGAAAUGCUGUGUCUAUUGGUUCAAGCAAUUUAUAUCAAUCUUAUUUCGCAUGCCUAACUGAGACAACAGAAAGUACAGUCAUCGAGUAUGGUAAGACUCAAGCGAAUACUAACUUUGGUGAUAAUUAUCUAACAAUAAUCGAUCGUACAAAUCCGAUCCAUGCUCGAUUUUAUACCUUUGCAAAUGGGGAAGAUGAUAUUGCAAUCAUGGAUAUAAAAGUUAUGCCACGUUCUGGUUUGGUACAAGAAUGUAAAGCAGGCACCGUGCUAGAUGCAGCUGGACAUUUUUGUGUAAGAAAACCAUGCCAUAAAGCUUGUGAUGAACUAGGAGGUAAGGUUUAUACAUGCAUAUAUAUGUUUAUUUUUAUUAUAUUAAUACUAAUUUUAAAAUGUUAAAAUUACAGGAAUAACAGGAGAUUGAAGGCAUAGACAACGGACCAAAUAGGUCUGUUACACCUGUACACUAGAACAACGUUAUUGGCAAUACUAUUAUAUAUAUGAGGUGGUUCACUGAUCUGUACUAGGACUGGAUAACGCAUCUAUAGUAUACAAAAGUGAAGCCGGGGCACUCCUUCAAAAUUGUAAAUCCCGUUUCGCG